AUUUUGUUUGGUUUAUUCCAAUUUCGAACAAUUGAUUGCGUAAUCGCCCUCCAAACCCUAGCAAAGCCAUGAUACAAUCUGUAAUCAGAGAAAACCAAAACUAUAACUUUUUUUUAUUCCUUUUUUAGUGAGAGAAACCCAUAAAAAGGAUUUUUUUUUUGGAGUGAGAAAUUAAGAAUUCAAUCAAAUCAAAAUCAAAGCUCAGUUCGCCGUUUUAAAGAAGAACCCAUCAAAUGAUUUCCAAUCCAAAUCUCAUAUUCUAUGCCUGCAUUGUAAAGGGACCCACAAUUCUUGCUGAAUUCUCUGCCAAAGAAGCGGGUAUCGAAUCCUUAGCUCAAAAAUGCAUCCAAAAAACCCCUCCUUUCCAUUCAAUGUUCUCUCAAACCGUUUCCAAAAGAACCUACACCUUCUUAAUCGAUGACCCUUUUGCCUAUUUCCUCAUUUUCCACGAGGAUCUUGAGAAACCUGAGUCUUUUUGGUUCUUGAAUCGCCUCAAAUCUGCUUUCGAGGAUUUUCUUCUCACUGGUUUAAUUGUGGGCUCAGAUAAUUUGACCCCUAAUUGUCUCCAACCCCAUUUCAAUCCAAUCUUUUCUGAGAUAUUGGCUUUAGAUUUGGAGUUGGUUACAUCCCCCAGGGAAGAGAAUCUAAACCCAAGUUUGGAUUCUAACACAGGGAAGAGAACCGUCGUGGCUCCUCUAUUAGAGAUGCCAAUUAAAGGGUUGAAAAAGAAGAGAAGAUUGGGUGGUUUGGAGGUCCACGGUGCUGAGGCCAAGGAUGCUGGUGCUGGGAUUGGGAUGGAGAAUAAGGUUGAUGUAAGUGAUGAUUUUAGAGACUUCCCUGUUUCUAUGCAUAAAAGUGGCGCUGCUGGUUUAUAUGUGGGUGGUGGGGAUAGGCAAAAGGCUAAGCAAACUUGGAGGAAACAUGUUUGGGUGGUUUUGAUAUUGGAUUUGCUUGUUUGUACUACUUUGUUUGGGAUUUGGUUAUGGGUUUGCAGAGGCUUUCAAUGCCUUGAUGGUUGAAAGUUUUUGUUUUUGCCUUUGGGGAAGUUGUUUUUCCUUUAUAUUGUAUAAUUUGGUGGUCAAAGUAAUGAAUUGAAUGGCAAAUUCUGUUGACAAGAGCGGCAUCCAGCGGGAGGACAAAGACAGUGUAAUGGGGAUUGUAAAAAUUUUAAUGGUAAGUGUUUGAGUUUCUCUCAAUUUUUUCAGUUCUGGCUUCAACUGGUAAUUCUCUUGUGAGUUGUGUAACUCUUUUUGUUGAUGAUUUUCAGAACAAGCUUUUUUCUUUUUUCAGUUAUUGGUUUGCAAAAUUACAUGUAAUUGCACCAAAAACUGUUUAUACUCACAGCCUACAGAUAAACCCUUUGCUUGAUAUUCUUGUCUCUUUAAUUGAUGAAGGAUCAGGUUAAUCUUUGUUGCGUUAAUAUAAAACU